AUAUGCGUAUGCUUGCAUGUGCAAUUGAUCUAGUCUCAUCAUUUGUGUUUAUAAUUUUCCUUGUAUAUGCACAUCUCUUGGACUACUAUAAUGACUAAGAGAUUCAUCCUCAAGUAUGCAUAUUAGAAUGUCAUGCCAUAUGUAUGCUGCUUUGCCGCCCUAGAGCCUGCAAUAUGUGAAGCCUAGUAGUGCACCCUUUAUUUUGUAAUCAUUCUAACAUAGUGAGACAUAACUUAUCACAUGCAGUGAGCCAAUGACUGAUGUAUGGGGGUGAAACGUUUGAGAUAAAUUAGGUUUUAGAUUUCUUUUUAAAAUUUUAUUCAUUGAUAUUAUCAUAUACUCCAUUUUUUUUAAGUGAAUACUCUUGGAAUUUUACUUAUUAUCAUGGUUUUGUUUGCUUUUUUCUUUUUCCAUGGCAUGCUUUUUGCAAGUUUUAUUGAGGAACUUGUCAUAAUAACAAUAUUUAUUACAUUUCUCAGUACUGAACUGGUAAUGGGGAGGGCACUAAUUGUCACAUUAGUUGUAGGGCCAUACUGUUAUCAUGCCAAAAGGGAGACUCUCCUAAAGUUGUAUUUGUGCACACGUUUCAGAGUAUUGUUUUUAUGUCUAUGUUAUGUGUGUAUGCAUAUAGAUAUACAUAUAUUCUGAUGUAGGUGGGUGAAUUUGUAUGUGUAUAAUUAUGUGAUACAUGGUUGAUCACUAGGACUAUUUUUUCUUCCUAAUAAAAUAUCGUGCUUAUACCAACCUGUAGAAGGAAAGUCUUCAUGGUUAAGUAACCAUAUCUACUUUCUUUAUGAAAGUUGGUUUUGGUUAACUGCAGGCUUAAGGUACUAUGGCCAAAUUUGCCCUGAGUCCCUAUAAUUAUUUUUAUUAUUUUUUUUUUAAAUUUUGUCCCCGUUAAAAGAAAAGAAACUGCUUUUGCAACAUAAUAAAAACCUGACAUCUCAGAUAUUUUUCCAUGUUUACUUGAAAAUUUUUUCAAAAUAUUGUAAUAACAUAAAAUAAUCGUUGAGGUUAUUAUUUUCUUACCAAUUCUUGAGGUUACUAUAGUUGGGUAUACGAUUUCCUUACCAAUUCUUGUGCAUGUGGUAAGAUAUCUAUCUUCAUUACAUAUAUAUUUUUUUAAAAAACAUUUUAGAGUCUAUGUGCUCAGAUUAGAAAUGUGUGGUACAUAUGACUUACAUGUUAGGAUGAGUAGAGCUAAAUGUUGGUAUGUGACCGUUAGUCAUUGAUAUAGGGUGGUCCUUGAGUCACAUGGCCAGCGUAGAAUUUUUCUAUCUUGGUAAGUUCGGUAGGCUUGUUUUGGAUUUUAACUCCCAUUCCUAUUUAAAUUAUUAAAAAGUCGAGUAAACUUUAACGCUGCCAACUAAGGAUAUUCUGUAUUUGUAAAUUUUAUUGCUAUUCGCCCGAGAGUGACGAGAUUCUCAUUAUCUUGUGCUUUGUGAUAAUAUAUGGAAGGAUUUGGAGGUGACCAAUCCAGGAAUAGAGUUGUUGUGGAUGUGAAUUGUCAACAUGGUGCUUAAGAAGACUACAACAAAGAUGACUCUGGGAGAGAAUGGUCGCCAUUCUUUUACAAAGCGUCGAUCUAGCAUUUUCAAGAAGGCCAGUGAAGUUUGUACCUUGUGUGCAGUUGAAACUGCAGUUGUUAUCUUUUCCCCUGGUAGCAAGGCCUUCUCCUUUGGUCAUCCCAGCUUUGAUGCAACUAUGAAUAGGCUUGGCAACCCAGGGGAUCCACAUUCUAGUGUUGCUAAGCAUAUGGCUGAGCAUGAGGCAAAUACUGGUGCGCUUAACAAGCAGUAUGCAGAUGUGCAUCAAGAACUAGCUGUUGAAAAAAGGCAAGGAGAGGAACUCAAAAAGUCGGGAAAGGCUCAGGGCAUGCCGUCGUUUUUUUAUAAACCCAUUGAGCAGCUCAACUUGAAUGAGGUGUUGACAAUGAAAGCUUAUUUGGAGAAAGUUAAGGCAAUUCUAGUGAAGCGACUUGUGGAACUUCAGAUUCGGAAUUUUGGUCUAUCUGCAAAUUCUGCUGCAGCCUAUGGUCCUAUUGUUUUUAACCCAAAAGGAAUUGGUGCUCCUCCUCGUGAAUUGCGCUUCCUCUAAUGAUUGAAUUCUGAGUUUGAAUAAGAGUGAUGGGGAGAAUUUGGUUUAGUUAUCUUGCUAUUUGUGUUAUUAUAUGAGUGAUUUCUAGUAAUUCUCUCUUUUCACUGCUUUGAUCGGAUGGAAAUGUAUCAUUGGGCAUUUAUAAAUGUUCAUUUAAAAUAAAUAAUUUCCAUAUUAAUAAAGAGCUUGAGGAUUUUGGUGGUA